GUCUAACAGUCUAUGAUCUAUCUAGUCCACCUACGGUACGGUACUGACUACUGUCAGACUGUCCUAUCAAAUCUAUGCUGUUGCAACAAACGUCUGAACGUGGAUUGAAAUCAUCUUUGAUCACAUUGUUAAAUUUCAGAAUUUAGUAUCUCUAUGCCUGCACAUAGUAUACACAUAGUAUAAUUUCUGAAGUUAGUCAAUAAUGUCGAUCAGGAUUAUCAAUGCACAGUCGACCAGGCAGCUUCAAAGGGGAUUUGCAUCAUGGACUAGUUAUUUAAGCAAUCAUUCCCUGAAUUUUAUAGAUGGUAAAAGGAUGAAAACUUUGGAUCCUACUCAAGAAAAGUUGAAUCUUGAAGAACCCGCAACAGGCAGCAUAUUAGGUUCGAUACAAAGUAGUGGGCGAGGUGAUGUUGAUAAAGCGGUCAAAAGUGCUGUUAUUGCUCAACAAGAGUGGGGUCAACGAUCUGGUCCAGAAAAAAGAGACAUAUUAAUGGAAGCUGCAAAAUUGCUGCGGAAUCGGAAAGAAGAUAUUGCUCGGGUAGAAGUGUCUGACACAGGAAAACCAAUGUGGGAAGCUAUGGGUGAUGUGCAAUCCGUGAUUGAUUCUGUAACUUAUUUUGCUGGGAUUGCUCCAACAAUGUGUGGGCAACAUUUUACGUUGUCUGGGGGUUCAUUUGGGUACACUAGGAGAGAGCCGUUGGGUGUUGUUGCAGCUAUCGGUGCAUGGAAUUAUCCGAUUCAAAUGGCUGGUUGGAAGUCUGCUCCUGCUUUAGCAUGUGGCAAUGCUGUUGUCUUUAAGCCAUCUCAGUUUACGCCCUUUACUGCAGUCAUUCUCGGUGAGAUCUACCAGGAAGCAGGAUUACCAGAUGGAUUAUACAAUGUUAUACAAGGUGGAGCAGAGACUGGUAACUUUCUUACGUCACACAAUGAUAUUGCGAAAGUAACAUUUACUGGCAGUGUCGAAACUGGCACUAAAGUAAUGACAUCUUGUGCAUCUGGAAUUAAACAUGUGACUCUCGAAUUGGGUGGGAAGUCCCCUUUGAUUAUAUUUGAUGAUUGCAAUAUUGAUAAUGCAGUUAAGGGUGCCAUAAUGGCCAACUUCCUUUCUCAAGGUCAAGUAUGUUCAAACGGAACGAGAGUUUUCAUUCAGGAUUCUAUUUUUGGUGAUGUAAUAUCUCGUUUGGUGAAACAUACUAAAUCAAUUAAACUGGGGGACCCACAUGCAGAUGAUACACGAAUGGGACCAAUGAUAAAUGCAGCACAUGCUAAUAAAGUUAUGAAAAUGAUAGAACGGGCAAAGACGGAAGGUGCUGAAAUAAUGUGUGGAGGUGAAUAUAUUACCAUUGAUGAUUCGAAGAUGAAAGGAAAAUUUAUCAGUCCUUGUAUUUUGAAACCUACUGAUGAUAUGGAGAUAUCAAAGGAAGAAGUAUUUGGUCCAGUCAUGAAUGUCUAUUCAUUCAAAACUGAAGAGGAAGUGCUUAAUCGGGCAAACGAUACCAAAUUUGGUCUUGCAUCUGGUGUUUUCACCAAUGAUCUUAACCGUGCUCACAGGGUGGCUGCUAAAUUACAAGCUGGGAAUUGCUAUGUUAACAAUUACAAUAUUUAUCCAACUGAAUUACCUUUUGGAGGAAACAAAAUGUCUGGUAUUGGAAGGGAAAAUGGCACAAUAACUGUGGACUAUUUCACACAACUCAAAAGUGUUUAUGUUGAGAAUAAUGAUGUUGAUUGCCCCAUAUAACUAUGAGCAUGCAGUUUUAAUUUUGUAAUUUCACUAUGUUCAAUUCAUAUGUUUUAAGGUUUAGAGAAUAAAGGGAAAUAUAAUUUAGAGCCGUUGUAUAUUGAAACUAUGCUUGAGUUCUGAAUUUUUACAGAAAAUUGCAAAAUAGAAUUUUGUAAAAUAAUUGAAAUGGAAAAAUUUCGUCAGAAAAAUUAUUUAUCUAAUGCUGCUAUGCAUUGACAUUUGUGCUGCUGAAGGCAAUGAAUACUUUCUGUCUUGUUUGUUUAUUUAUAGUUUUCUAUUUAUUAUGUUAAAUGAAGUUUCCAAUCAUGCUGAAGUUAACUUGGUUUUGAUUUAAUUUCUUUCUUGAAAAACCCAGAGGCUAAUUACCAAUUAUAAAUUCAAUAUCUGAAAUUUCAUGAGAUAUAUUCCAAUGUUUUGAAUUCUAAUCUACUUAUCUAUUGCUAUGCAACUAUCUUUUAAAGAUAAGUUCUUUAAAUUCUACCAUUCUGUAUCAUGUUAUAUAGCUUUUGUUUGACAAAACAGUAUUAAUUUUGCUGAAUUCUCAAAGCAAGCUACGAUUGGUGUCCCAAAUAUAAUGAUUUUUUGCCUUGGUUAAUUUCUCUUUUGAGCUUAAUGCAAGGAAUAUUCAUCUUUUGAAGCAUUGGCAAUCUUGUGUUUUGUUCUGGAUUAAAUUUUAUUGGAAAUGUACUUGUGUGAAAGGUAAUUGUUACUUGUAAGUUAAAAAACACCUUUGUAAAGUCACUAAAUGCAAUGAUAAGAAUGAAAAUGCAAAGAGGUACAUAGUAAUUUAUUGCACCCAUGAUGUUAUAUGUAUGUCAAUUUGUUGACUUUUGUAAUAGAACAUUUUUUCCAAGCUGCAAUUCACCCAACCCCAAGCUAAAUUUUCUCAAAAUCUUCUCAGAUACAAAACACAUCACACAGUCCUUUUAAGUGUUUAAUUUCUUUAUCUUUGUUUAUAGAUAUGUUAAUGAAUUUCCAAUUCACCAAUUUAUAGUGAUAGCACAAACAACCAUAGUGUGUGUAACAAGCCUUAUCUAGUUUGCUUAAUGAAAUAGCUUAUGAACAGUGACUCCCAUCUUUUACACUACACAACACAGAUAUCGAAAAAUUCUUAUUCAGUUUUUUUCAUGUAGUGUAUACUUUAUAUUAUAGUAUACUUGUCACUGUCAGGAUAAAUUUCUGUUAAGUAAUAUGAUGCACCAUGAUUCCCAUUACAACCAAUUAUUUUGUUUAUUUCAUUUCAUCCAAUACAAGACUAGGGCAUCAUAGUUAUUAUUAAUGUGUCUUCAAAUAAUGUCUUUAUAAAGUUAUUAAUGCACCAUGAACACGGUGUGUUUAUUAGUGAAAUUCUCAAAUUGGGUAAUGUUGGAGAUGGUUCUUGGGCUUUUUGGUAUUUUAGGCAAGACUUUGCUGAUCACCAAUGUGUUUGAAUGAGUGAACCAGAAAAAAUCGAACUUCCUAAUAGUAUCAGAUACAAUUGCAAAUUUAGGAAAGUUUGAUUUUGAUGACUUUCAUAUUGUUUGCUGGUGCUAUGUUUGUUUUAUAAUACAUACAUAUAUCCUCACAUAUAAGCCGACCUCCUAAAAACGGCCCUGAAAUGAUUAAUUCAUAAAAAUUCGAAUAUAAGCCAACCCGUGCAAUCAAGGUCAUGCGCGUAUAAGCUAACCACUGAGUUUGGCAAUUUUUUUUUAGUUUUGUACUCUGCUUUUAAUAUGUGAGGAUAUACAGUAAUUGCCCAAAGUUUCAUGUUCUGCAAUUCUUAUACUGAUUUAGGUAAAUGUUACUUUCAUUUUGAAUACUGUUGGAAAUCCCUUGGAAAACUAAACUAAGAAAAACUAGUUAAUAACAAGCUUCUAAUUUAAAAUUGUACAAUUUUUAGA